UGUUCGGGUGGGCUUAUCGCGAUCCUAAACAAACUCCAGCUCUCUGUGUGAUCCCGGGUCAUAUGAAUGACCCGUCAGAUUUUACAUUUAAGUUGACGUUGGCUAGAAUUGAAGUUAAAUUUUCAGGAAUAUCGUGCAGCUUACAGGUCAUACUGUGUGGGCAAACGAUUUACCAUGCGAUUCGGAAUAGCUAUACUUUUGCAAGCAUUACCCUUGCUCGUACUCGGCCGCUUCUCCAACUUUGACGCUGUGCCUGCCCCUCAACAUGAGCCCGUACGGUUAAUGGACGCUAUCGCAGAGGAUGGAAGUGUUGUUUACAGCGACGAAGCCUCGAGAUUAACCAGUGUUAAAGACAACAACUUCAAAGCUUGUUUCAUCACCGAUUUGGAUCCGGAAUGGAAUUUGGAUAUAAACGAGAAGCAGGAGCUUGUGGAUACCCAUGAACCCGAAAUAGUGAGAAGUCCUCUUCAGUAUGAAAACCUGAAGAUACGAACUGGUGACAUGAUUGCUAUGAUGUGCAAAAAAUCCAAGAUAUAUUGGUUGACGGAGACCCACUCCCAGCCCCUACAAUCCGCCAGGUCGGCUGAUAGUGAUAGCCCUGGUUUGCCUCCACGGGUAUAUCACCCUAUCGUGCCAUCUCACUCUGGAGUCCCCCAUCAUGCACCUAGCCAUAUGGGUGUUCCCCAACACGCUCCAGCCCCUCAGCAUGUUCCAGGUCAUAUGGGAGCCCCUCAGCAUGUCCCGGCUCAUAUGGGAGCCCCUCAUCAUGUUCCAGGUCAUAUGGGAGUCCCUCAUCAUGCCCCGGCUCAUAUGGGUAUCCCUCAAAAAGUCCCGGGUCAUAUGGCACCGGUUCAGCAACAGCGGCCACAGCAUGUACCAGGACACGCGGCGUUUCAUGCUCCUGAUCGUGUUCCAGUAGCUGCACCACACCACGACGCUGAACAUAUUCCUCAGCCUGGCAGGUUUCACGCACCUGCAGCGCCAUUCCACCAGCCACAGGGUAUGCUUGUUCCAAGGCACCUUCCCUUCAUCAGGCCACUUCCACCCGCUGCUGACCCAGCCAAAGUCCCGGGCAAACGUCACCACUCACAGAGUGACCAAGAUCGGCCAAUGGCUAUCCCGGAGAGGCUGAGUAUGGCUCGGCCUGAGUUAAAGAAUCGUCAGUAAUUGGUAGAAACAUCAACCGGAGACGGCAGACUCCUCUGCAAAGUAUGGCACAUAAGUUUGUGUUGAACUAGCUAAAAUAUUAACUCUCUGAUAUAGCUUACCAUAUUCUUCUUUAUGAUAACUUUCCAAAACAUCUUUAAAAUGAGAUGAGGUGAGAAAAACCACCAACGGACAAAUGCGAGAACUGUUAUAUUACAUCGUCUGUCUUGUUUUUAACCACAUAUACUAUAUACCCACCAUCAAUGAAAUAUCACAACCAAAUGAACGUUAAUUUGAUCCGAAAUUCUUUACUUUUUAAACAUAUCUGUCGCUAAAUUCCCGAGAUUCUGUUUUCCCUGUACAUCUAUUAAUGUUUGUCCUAUAUAUAUACCUAGUAUUCUGUUAACAUUAUAAUGAAAGAAAAAAGGGAUUUGAAUUUUCCGUGCUUUCAUCGUGUCAAAUGAUAUCAAUUUCAAUGUGAUGAUAAUAAAAAUCACUGAUUAACA